AUGUUAUUAUCUCUAUUAUUCUUGCCAUUGGUAUUAGGGAAUUCAGUGAAUGUAACACGUUUCGACAAUAAUUUAGGAAUAUACUUUGAAUCCAUUGGCUUGAUGAAAGUAGCAACGGCAGAAUGGAAAAUGAUUGUUUACUAUGAUCUUCAUCCAUAUUGGACCGAAAUAGACUCCUUCAAAAACGGGACUAAAACUAUCAAACGUUUAUGUUCAGAAUUGCAAGCACAUACAGCAUGUACUUCUCUCUAUACUCAUUUUAAACAUGUAAGAGAUGAAUUGUUGCAAGACCAAACAUUAUUAUAUAAAAGCCGGAACAAGCGAGCUGCAAUUAACAUAGUAGGAAAUAUUGCACACACCUUAUUCGGAGUGCUUGAUUCAGACUACGCUGAGAGCAUGUCUGACACAAUAAACCAACUUAACAGUAGAGAUGAUUAUGCAAUGCAGUUAAUUCAUAAUCAAACAUCUAUUAUAGAUUCCACAAUAAAUAUAAUCAAACGAGAUGAAGUUACCAUGCAGUCCCGAAUGAAUCAUUUGCAAAAGCAGGUUGAUGAGUUUCUGAAUAGAAUUGGAACUACAACAGAACAAAUACAUGUCACUCAAUUACUACUUUCAUUAUCUGCAGAACUCACAUUAAUGGUAUCCAAUCUUCAACACAUCCAGUCGGAGAUAAUUGAUGUGCUUACAGACACACAUCAUGGGAAAAUCAGUCCACUGCUAUUAACUCCUGAUCAAUUAACAAAGGAGAUUAACAGAAUCAAAGGCCACUUACCAUCAUCGCGUACACUACCGUUCACAGAAGACAAUUUGACCGAUUUUUACAAGCUAAUGAAAGUAAAGUCAACAAUUAAAAAUCAGCAUGUAUUAUUUUUAAUACAACUACCACUGCUAGACAAGCAGCAAUUUGAAUUGUUCAAGACAACACCGAUACCGGUUGUAAUAAACAAAACCAUGAUAAUUAUCAAAACUGAAGUGGAGUACUUGGCAACCAACACUGUUCGAGAUCAGUACAUUCCAUUUGAUGACCAUGAGUUACGGGAAUGUUUUUUAACCAAGGAUAAUAUAUACCUUUGCGCUAAUAAACAAACAAGACUAGGUAUAGCAUCAUCGGUACGUUCAUGUGAAAUUAAUCUAUUUAAUGGUAAUCAGUCAACAACAUGCAAUAUAAUAAAACUUCAAGGAAAUAUUGCAUUGAAACAACUACACAACCCGAACCAGUGGCUAUACGCAACAAAACUUGAAACAUUGAUGUCAGCUAGUUGUGAGACCUACUUGAGUCAGUUCUCACUGAAAGGAUCCGGAAUGCUUACAUUUGAACCUACGUGCAUCAUUAAAAACGCAGAAAUAACCAUACAUGGCCACUAUUUUAUAUCCAGCAUUGUAUCCACGUCAUUUCCACGAUUUGGAAAUUUAUCAACAGUUGUACACAUUAAUGAGAUGCAGAAAAUCUUCAAUACAACACCAAAUGAUGUAAAAACACAACUCAAAGAACUCACAGAAUUGCAAGGCCGGCUAACUAAGGAAAACUUGACAUAUCUUCCCUCUAGAGUGCGAUUAAACAGUAUUCAUCAUCAUACGAUAAGUUAUUUGGCGUUGUUAAUUUCUAUAACAAUAAUCAUAAUCAUUACUUGGAAAACCAAACACAACAGAUGUCAGAAACACACAAUAAGCGAAAUUUCAACACGAGGAAAUGAUAUGCAAAAUGCAGAAUUACGUCAACAAAAUUUGGACUUCACUGUGACCACAACCUAG